GAUCACCCCACCGCAUCUUCACGCAUCCUCAUGUUUUCCCAACGCAUUACACAAACCAACUCGCCCAACUCCUUCUCAAAACCAUCAUCAUGUCCGAAGAUGUCGGUGGUCUCAAGCUGGACAAGCUGCUGCUCUCUGGGCAGUACUCUGACCUAACGCUGGUAUGCGAUGGGCAAGAGUUCAAGGUUCACAGGGCCAUCUUGUGCUCAAAGUCUCCAGUAUUUGAGGCAGAACUGCAUGGCUCUUUCAAAGAGGCUGCGACGGGGGUCAUCGAGAUCAAAGAGUUUCUACCAGAGACAGUCAAGCAGAUGGUGCAAUUCCAGUAUAUGGGAGACUACGAAUGCAAUACCAAAGAUGACGCCUCUGUCGACGACCCAGGUGAACAGUGGGCGGCAAGCGACAGUGUGCGCCAGCACGUGCGCGUGAACUCAAUAGCAGAUUACUACAAUCUGCCCACGCUUCUUUCUCUCUCAAGAGAGAACGUCUCGAUCCAUCUUGGCCUCAACGGCAUUGACAGGUCAUUGCUCGGCGUACUAAGAGAGGCGGAAGCGACGAGCGGCGAUGCGCUGUUACACGAGUCCAUAGCCACAAUUGCGGCGGGACAUAUCCGAUACCUCUACAAGAAAGAAGACCUUGUGACAGAGCUGGCUGGCUUAUGUACUGGCGCCGGUGUGAAGCUGGUCUGUGCUCUGUUUUCGAUCCUGGGCAGGCGAGAAGCUGAGUUACGCAACCUCAAGCAAGAGAUCGGCAGGCAGCCAAAUGGAUCCGAGAGUGAGUGUCGCGAACUUCGUCGUGAGAAAGCUGCCCUUGAAAAAACGAUUGAGUCAAUGCAGGAUUGUCAUCGGUUGCUUGCUGAGCAACGGGAGUGCCGGAAUGUCAAUUGUGAUGCGCAAUUCCAGUGCUACAUUGAAGCGACAGGUAGGGACCCGUCUUAUAUCGUCAGAUGUGCAAGAUGUAACUGCAAACAUUCGCCCGCUUCUUAGAUGACAUUUCCUGGACUGGAUGCGUUCAACUAGCAUCGCUGGCCGUUGGGAUACACGGGCGUCUGAGCAUGUAGGAUAGGCGGGUUCUGCUCCAGGACGGGUGUUGGUCAGUCAACUGGGCGGUUGCAUCAGGAAGUAUUUACGAAUUUCAAACCAA